GCCAUAUAUUUAUGGAACCAAAAUUCAUUGUUACCGGAGAAACUCUUCCGAGACGGAGAUUCAUCAUCAGUCACCACCCACUCAAAGCAUAUCGACAGAGAAGGUUUUCAUUCCAAGCACCCCUUCUCCCGGGAAAUUUUCGAACCCAACUCAGGUAUUCUUAUUCCUUCAUUCAUCUUUCUCCAUUUUCACCAUGUUGGCUGCACAUCGUUAUACACCUUUUCUCUAUCUCAAGGCCCUAACUUUCUUACCAACCCCAAAACCUUACCCUCUUUUCCAUCGAUACCAAUUACCAACAUUUUCUCUUCCUUUUUGCACCAAUACUUCAGAUUCAACCUCUUUUGCAGUCUCAUACCUCAUCAACAAUUUUGGCUUUUCCCCACAAUUUGCUUCCAAACUUUGUUCCACUUACAAGGUUUGUUUCAAAACCAACCAAAAACCUGAUUCAGUUGUCAACUUCUUUAGAAACCAUGGUUUCUCAGACACUCAACUAUGUCAUAUCAUCAUAAAGGAACCACGACUUCUUUCCUGCAAGCCCUGCAAAACGUUGUUGCCAAAGUUUCAAUUUUGUCUCUCCAAAGGUGCUUCUACCUCUGACAUUAUUAAAAUUGUCUGUAAGAGCCCCCAUUUUUUGUAUUCAAGCCUGGAGAAUCAAAUAGUCCCAACCUAUGAAUUGGUUUACAGAUUCUUGCAAUCUGAUAACGACAUUAUUGCUUGUUCAAUUCAAAAUCCGGCUUUACUUAGUCACCGUCUUGUGCCACAUAACAUUCAAUUUUUGAUUGACAAUGGAGUCACACACUCAAACAUUGCAAAAUUGCUUCGGUACUGGAGUCCGACGUUUCAGACACAUCACAUGCUGAAACUUGUGGAGGAAUUAAAGGUUUUGGGGUUUAAUCCUUCAAAAGUAACCUUUGGUGUAGCCUUGCGAGCCAAAACAUCCGUAAGCAAAACUUUGUGGAAAGAGAAAGUUGAUGCCUUUAAGAAGUGGGGUUGGUCUGAUGAAGAUAUUAUGAAAGCGUUUAAAAAGCGGCCUGAUUCUAUGUUAACAUCUAUUGAUAAAGUUAAUUUAGUGAUGGGCUUUUGGGUCAAUCAGUUGGGUUGGGAUGCUAUGGCCAUUGCCAAAACACCAUUAAUUUUGUCGUUAAGUUUGGAAAAAACAAUCAUUCCGAGGGCCCUUGUUGUGCAAUAUCUUCUGAGUAAAGGUUUGAGAAAUAAGAGUGCAAGCUUAACUUAUCCAUUUGUUGUUACUGAGAAGAGGUUUCUUGAUAGGUUUAUAAAACAUUUUGAGAAUGAGGCUUCUAAUAUGUUAAAGCUGUACGAGGACAAACUCAAUCUUGCAUACACUAGGGACAAAACUUGCAUGUCAUGAUUAGAUUUUCAAGUAUUUUAGCCUUAAUAUGUGAUUCAUGUUUGGUUCAUUCCAUAUUUAAUUUGGAAUUAGUUCGGAAAAGACUUCAAUUGGGAUUUUGGGAAAGUUUAGCUUAGCUUACUUUCACAAAUGUUGGCUUUGCUAUGAUUGAUAUUUCUUCAAACUCCUAUUGUUUACCAGUUUUACAUCAAAUAAUUUGCCUCUAAUAUAUGUAAAAGUUGAAUUUACUUGUAUUAAUAGGCAUGUUAUACUCAUUUUGUAGUGUCA